AGAUUUCAAGGCUGAAAGAAAGAUUGCUUCUGGUCACUGCAGGUAGGGGGGUGCCUGGGAUCUUGUGGUGUAGAAAUAUCAGGGAUCAAAAUAAAAUCUGGAUUACCCCAUCUCCCCACACAAGUGUAGUAACAUUGUCUGUAAGGGCCUAAGGGCCUAACGGGAUGAGUUCUGGGGUAUCCCUGGAGGGAUUAUCAAGAUCCCUGGGAGAUAAGGUAUGGUUCCUCAACUACUACCCUACUAUCCUGUGGUACAUUUUUGUGGGAGUGGCCUUGAGAAGGAUUUUCCAAGAAAAUGGUGGAUUUAGAACCAGGAUCAGGACUGGAGUGCCCCCUAGAGAAAGAAGAAACAGGAAAAGAAAGACCCUCAACAUGGAAAAUGUUUCCAAAGAAAGUAAAGUCGAAGAGCAGGCCCCAGUGAAGAAUGAGGAGGAAGCCCGUCCCAUAGAAGGCGGUGAAGGCCAGCAGCCUGCUGGCAAUGUUAGAGGGGGUUGGGUUCCACCUGUUCAGGAUUUUGAAGAAGAUAUGCAUGAUAGGCUUGCCAAUAACAUUGAUUUGAUAGAUGGAGAAGCAGAUGACAUGGAACGGUUCAUGGAGGAGAUGAGAGAGCUAAGGAGGAAAAUUAGGGAACUUCAACUGAGAUACAGUCUGCGCAUCCUUAUAGGGGACCCCCCUCACCAUGAUCAUCAUGAUGAAUUUUGCCUUAUGCCUUGAAUCUUGAGGCUAAUGAUAAUAAUCCCCCUGCUUUUCAAACUAACAUUUCUUGAUGUAAGCUUAACAGUGAAUCUUUUGGUGUUCUCUUGCCUUUUACUGAUUGCACAUUUUUCUCUUUGACCUUAUCUCUGUUUCUGUCAGCAGGGGAGUAUCAUCAACUUGCGUAGAAAGAUGUUCAUCUCACAUCAUAAAGUUAAUAAAGCAGUUUAA